AUGCCGGCAGGGUUGCAGCCUCCUCCAGAGUGCAGCUGUGCAGCGGGAGCGCUGAGAUCAGCGGGUGAGGCCUCUGCCUGUGCCAGGAGAAGAAAGAGGCUUUUGUCCUCGGGAAGGCCAGGGCCAAGCAGGCAGCCCUGAGCAGGGGACAGGGCCAUGGGCUGCUGGGCGGUAACUGAGCCUGACCCCUUGGCAUUUGCUGCCUUUGCCGCUUCCCACGGCAGGAACAAGCAGCGCGUUCUGCAGGCAGCGGUGGGAGAAGAAAGGCUGCCUUGUCCAACCCAGCGGUGGGGCACCGACCGGGGCAGCCACGCUCCCGCCCCGCAUUCCUUUGGCAGAGCCAGCAGAGGGUCAGACUGUGGGGACAGUGGAGGUCCCCUGCGUGGUAACAGGCCAGGUGUCCUUGGGCAACAGCCUGUGCCCAAGCGUACCUGGCAUCUCCGAGCACACACCAUGGAGGCACCCAGCAGGACCCCCACCAGCUCAACCUGCAGAGUCCAGACUGUCAUCCAGAAUAGCCCUCUGGACCUGAUAGACACGGGCAAGGGGCUGAAGGUGCAGACAGAGAAGCCGCACUUGGUAAGCCUGGGCAGUGGUCGGCUCAGCACCGCCAUCACACUCCUGCCCCUGGAGGAAGGGAGGACCACCAUUGGCACAGACACCAAGGACAUCGUCCUGCAGGGUCCUGGGAUGGCACCCCAGCACUGCUACAUUGAGAAUGUGCAGGGGACACUCACGUUGCACCCCUGUGGCAACGUCUGUGCUAUCGACGGUGUGCCCCUGCAGCGACCCACGCGCCUCACCCAAGGGUGCACCAUCUGCCUGGGCCAGGCCACCUUUCUUCGCUUCAACCACCCUGCUGAGGCCAAGUGGAUGAAGAGCAUGAUCCCAGCGGGUGGCAGGAGCCCAGCACCUCUCUAUGGGUUGCCAGCAAAGCCUGAGGCCCUAAUGAAUGGUGGCCACCAGCCAUCAGAGCGUGGAUGUGCCAACCACAGCUCCCUGGUCAGCUCCAUCGAGAAGGACCUACAGGACAUCAUGGACUCACUGGUGCUGGAGGACCCAGCAUCUCCUAGUGGCAAGAAACCAGCUGCCCAUGGCCAGUGCUCCCUCUCCCCUGUGGUGAAUGGGGGUGGGCGUUGCCUUCUGUCCCCGCCACCCAGCCCUAAGGCUGUCUCUGGGGGCUCCAGCUAUGAGAACUUCUCCCCACUCUCCUCCCCAGCCAGCAGCAGCAGCUACACCAGCCCCUCACCCAGCAGCCAGGAGCAGGGUCUAGCUGUGCCCCCUCUUGUCCCGCUCCGCUCCUCCAGCUACAAUCAUGCCAUGCAGCCACCCUCUCAGUGCCUGCACCCCCUGCCCAGUGGGGCUCCCAGAGAGCCUCAGCCAACUGAGAAGCUGGGGGAUCACCAGUCAGGCAGCCCACGACUGACCCCUAGAGCAGCACCACAGACACGGGUGGCCCUGCAAGAGCGGCCCCCCAGCCCUUUCCGGGAGCCACGGGACCUCCUGGCUCUCAGCCGGCAGUCCACCAGCCGGGUGGUUCCCGAGACCCAUCUGCAGCCCCCUGAAAGCCCACGGGUGAGCCGGAGGAAUAUGGAGAGCAUGCGGGAGCUGCCCCCACUGAGCCCCUCCUUGUCACGCCGGGCAGCCAGCUCCCGGACAGCCCCCAAUGCCCCCUCCCCGCAGCCUCGACCAGGCAGGGAGGUGCCCGGCAGCCCCUGUGCCAGACACAAGGGUCUGGAGGAGCUGAGGGCUGCUGGGAGCCCCUCGCCCCCACUGCUGGCAGAGACCCUCCCACGCCGCCCCAGCUUCAGCUCUUGCCUGAGCCUGGCGUAUGGACUGGGCUCCCUGGCCAUGCCCUCACCCCGGCAGAGCCCUCGCACCCCCAGAAAGCCCUUAGGGGACCCACGGCCACUGGUGGGGUCAUGGGAGCGCAAGAACAGCAUCACUGAGAUCAGUGACAACGAGGAUGAGCUGCUGGACUACCACCGGCGGCAGCGGCAGGAGCGGGUGCGGGAGCAAGAGAUGGAGCGCCUGGAGCGGCAGCGCCUGGAGACCAUACUGAAUCUCUGUGCAGAGUACACCAAAACAGAUGGCACUGAGCCAAGUGAUGUGCACCGGCUCCUGGCUAGUGAAGUGGAUGCUGGUCGGCGGGUGCCCAGGAGUGCCAUGGCUUUGGGAUGUGUUGCCAACGAGCUGCAGCAGAGAGAGAGCCUGGAGAGGUCAGAUGAGGAGAACCUGAAGGAGGAGUGCAGCAGCACUGAGAGCACCCACCAUGAGCACGAGGAGCUGGUGGGUCCCCGGAACAGGGAGGCACAGUGGCUGGAGGAGGAGCAUGCCAGUGUGCUUGGGCACCUGGACCAGCUGAAGGGCCGCCUCAAGGAGCUGGAGCAGCAGCUGCAGGAAACCUCACAAGAGGCAGAGAUGGAGCGGGCACUGCUGCAGGGCGAGCGGGACUCAGAGGCAGCACGGCUGCGGCAAGAGCAGGAGGCAGUGCAGCAGCUGCAGGAAAAGCUCAAUAGCCUGGAUGCCAGCAUCCGGAAGGAGCAGGAUAAGGAAAGGGCAAAGAUUGAUGCUGAAAGGAAGGAGCUAGAGCAACUCCAGGCGCUUUACCAUGAGUCGAAGAGUCACCUUGAUAAGUGCCCCGAGUCAAUGCGGGAGCAGUUGCAGGAGCAGAUGCGAAGGGAGGCAGAGGUGCUGGAGACAGAGGCCAAGCUGUUCGAGGACCUGGAGUUCCAGCAGCUGGAGCGGGAAAGCCGCCUCGAGGAGGAGCGUGAAGCACGGGGCCAGCAGCUCCUGCAGAGCCGAGCUGAGUGCCACCGCAGCAUCACCCGCAGGAAGGAGCGGGUGGCUGCACUGGAUGCCCAGGCUGCCCAAAUACGGCUGCAGAGCACCCAGGAGGCUGAGCGCCUGGCCAGGGAGAGGAACGGUGUCCUGCAGCUCCUGCAGAAGGAGAAGGAGAAGCUCAUGUCCCUGGAGAGGCGAUACCAGCGUGUCACAGGUGGCAGGAGUUUUCCCAAGAUGUCCUCAGCUCUCAGAGAGGAGACCCUCCAUAUCUCAGAGCCUUAUGAGCUGUUGGAGGGAACUAAGCCCCUCAGCCCCCUGCUAGCAGCAGCUGCCGCCUUAGCUUCUCCUGCCAACCGCUCCUACCUCAAGGCACAAGAGGAGUACAUGAGGCUGUCUGACGUUUUCAGGUUCUGUAACCACGCACAUGGCCCCAGCCUGGACACUAAAGCUUCUGCUGCUGCCCCCACUGCUGCUCAGCACUCUUUCUUGCUUGCUGUACCUCCCGCAGCUCAUGAGUAUGUGACCAUUGAGCAGCUCUCAGGCAUCCUGGGUGGCUUCCGUGCCCCUGCCACAUCCCCACUGCUUCCUCUGGCUCCUUCGUCCUCAGGCUGUGCUGUUUCUCCUCUUCCAUCUCUCUCUUCUCCCUCCAUCUCUGCAGAGAUGGAGCAGCAGCUGCCAGGGUGGCCCAGGUGGCUCCCAGCUCUUGAUUUAGAGAAGUGGUACCAAGAGGUCAUGGCUGGCUUUGAGACCUCUUCCUGCUCUGUCUCUCCUCCUUCUUCCCCUCCUCCGCUUCCAGCUAAAGCUCACUCCUCUCACAAGCCUUUCCAGGUCUAUCGUGCCAAAACAGAGGGUAAUACUGGUGCCCUCACCCCCCGGAUGAAGAGUGGGACCCCCUCGUCCUUGCAGCUCAACCUCUCUGUGCUGGGGCACAGUCACUUGCCCAAGUGCCCCCCGAGCCCUGUGGGAAGCCUGCCCCGCAACUUGGCAGCCAUGCUGCAGGACAUCGAGACCAAGCGCCAGCUGGCCCUGCAGCAGAAGGCCGAGCUGCUCCCAGCAGAGCCCUUGCAGCCAAGCAGUCUACCAGGUCAGCAGGUGAUCGAGGAGCAGAAGCGGCGACUGGCAGAGUUGAAGCAGAAAGCUGCAGCUGAGGCUCAGACCCAGUGGGAAGCCCUGCAUGGACAGCCCCCCUUCCCUGCUGCCUUCCCCCCACUUGUGCAUCACUCCAUCCUGCACCACCACCGUCCCCAUGGUGCUGGGUCCCGGGCUGAGGAGCUGGACCAUGCGUAUGACACCCUCAGCCUGGAGAGUUCAGACAGCAUGGAGACCAGCAUCUCCACUGGCAACAACUCUGCCUGCUCGCCUGACAACGUCUCCAGUGCCAGCGGGAUGGAGGCAGGGAAGAUCGAGGAGAUGGAGAAGAUGCUGAAGGAGGCACAUGCAGAGAAGUCACGGCUGAUGGAGUCCCGGGAGCGGGAGAUGGAGCUGAGGCAACAGGCAUUGGAGGAGGAGCGCCGGCGCAGGGAGAAGCUGGAACGCCGGCUGCAGGAUGAGACUGUACGCAGGCAGAAGCUGGUGGAGAAGGAGGUCAAGCUGCGGGAGAAGCACUUCUCGCAGGCUCGUCCCCUGACACGGUACCUCCCCAUCCGCAAGGAGGAUUUUGACCUGCGCCUACACAUCGAGACUUCAGGCCACAGCGUGGACACCUGCUACCACAUCAUCCUGUUGGAGAAGAUGUGCAAGGGCUACCUGAUCAAGAUGGGUGGCAAGAUCAAGUCUUGGAAAAAGCGCUGGUUCGUCUUCGACCGCAUGAAGCGCACCCUCUCCUACUACGUUGAUAAACAUGAGACCAAGCUGAAGGGCGUCAUCUAUUUCCAAGCCAUCGAAGAGGUUUACUAUGACCACCUCCGCAGUGCAGCAAAGAGUCCCAAUCCUGCACUCACCUUCUGCGUCAAGACCCAUGACCGCCUCUACUACAUGGUUGCACCCUCAGCUGAGGCCAUGCGCAUCUGGAUGGAUGUCAUUGUCACCGGGGCAGAGGGGUACACCCAGUUCAUGAACUGAGGGGGGGGGGGCAUGCACCCCAGAGCUGCCUGCUUGCCAGACCCUUGAGCAGCUCAAGCAGUGAGGAUCUCUUGGGGUCCAUGAUC